GCUCCGCGCGCCGUAGCGCUGCUUGGUGCUCCGUGGCACCGCGCGCCAUGGCGCAGCCCGCCCGUGCCCCGCGCCCACCCGUGCCGCCCCCCAGGCCCGACCUGGAGCUGCAGUUCAAGUGCUACCACCACGAGGACCGGCAGAUGAACACCAACUGGCCGGCCUCCGUGCAGGUCAGCGUCAACGCCACGCCGCUCACCAUCGAGCGCGGCGACAACAAGACGUCGCACAAGCCGCUCUACCUGAAGCACGUCUGCCAGCCCGGCCGCAACACCAUCCAGAUCACCGUCACCGCCUGCUGCUGCUCGCACCUCUUCGUGCUGCAGCUGGUGCACCGGCCCUCGGUGCGCUCGGUGCUGCAGGGCCUGAUCAAGAAGCGCCUGCUGCCCGCCGAGCACUGCAUCACCAAAAUCAAGCGCAACUUCAGCAGCGGGACCAUCCCGGGCACGCCGGGACCCAACGGCGAGGACGGCGUGGAGCAGACAGCCAUCAAGGUGUCCCUCAAGUGCCCCAUCACCUUCCGACGCAUCCAGCUCCCCGCCAGGGGCCACGACUGCCGGCACAUACAGUGCUUCGACCUGGAGUCCUACCUGCAGCUCAACUGCGAGCGGGGCACCUGGCGCUGCCCUGUCUGCAAUAAGACGGCGCUGCUGGAGGGGCUGGAGGUGGACCAGUACAUGCUGGGCAUCCUGAUCUACAUCCAGAACUCGGACUACGAGGAGAUCACCAUCGACCCGACGUGCAGCUGGAAGCCCGUGCCCGUGAAGCCCGACGUGCACGUCAAGGAGGAGCCGGACGGGCCGGCGCUGAAGCGCUGCCGGACCAUGAGCCCCACGCACAUGGUGCUGCCCAGCAUCAUGGAGAUGAUCGCCGCCCUGGGGCCCGGCUCCGUGCCCUUCCCGGCCCUGCCGCCCUCCGCCGCGCCCGCCCCCGCCGACUACGGCGCCCAGGGUUCCGGCUUCGCCGGGCCCGGCGGCUUCCCGGAGCCGUUCCCCCCGGCCGCCCCCGGCACGCCGACGCUGAGCGAGUUCGCGGCGGGGCCCCCCCCCGGCUCCUACCCGCCCGACCUCCCCGGCGGCCUCCUGCCCCCCGAGAAGCCCCCCGCGCCCCCUCUCUCCGGACAGCUGCCUCCCGCCGGCCGGAUGGAGCCGUCCCACGCCGCGGCCAUGGGCAGCGCCCCGCAGCCCCUGCCCCACCGCCCCGCGCCCCCCGCGCGGCCCCCCCCGGGCCCCGCCGCCCCCCCGGGGGGGCACGGCCCCGACCUGGCCUUCGGCACCGCGCCGCCCAUGGCGGGCACCGGCGAGGGGCCGGAGCCAGCGCUG